AAGGGAGUUCCUGUCAGGAGGAGCUACUGGCAAUUGGCAAAUACGAAACUGGAGAAGUAGUUUGACAGCUGGGAGGACUGGAGUACGGACAGGACCGGGACGUUACUUUUCAGGAUACAGAAUUGAAGUGCAAGCUCAUUGAACCGCACGGAAUCAGGAAAACUAUGCGAGUCCUGCUGGGCUAAUCCUAUUAAGAUUAACAAGGGGUUCUGUAUACUGUGUCAUCAUCUGAACGUGCAACCUAGUGAGCCAACCUAACAGGCUGCGUGUGUGCCAUACACAACUGUAAGACUGGUGCUGUCACUUUAGCGCUGCGCCACUCUGCUUGUUGGUCAGGUUGAGCGCUGGAGAGCUGAAAGAGCGCGUUAAGUUUCUGAGAAAAAGAACCCGUUAUUAGCUGUUCUAAAGGACGCGUUAAGGCUGCAUUCUACUGUUGCACAGCAUUAGAAAAGAACCAAGUUGCACAUCCACCCUCCCCCUGGUCUAACCAGCAAACGUAAAGCGAUAUAUCAUUCAUGUUUGAGUUAACCCCAUCCUAACAUCACCAUGAGAGCACAGAUAGAAGUUAUCCCAUGUAAAAUAUGUGGAGAUAAAUCAUCUGGAAUUCAUUAUGGUGUGAUUACCUGUGAAGGAUGUAAGGGUUUCUUCAGAAGAAGUCAGCAAAACAAUGCCAACUACUCAUGUUCUCGCCAGCGCAACUGUUUAAUUGACCGAACCAACCGCAACCGUUGCCAACAUUGCCGACUGCAGAAGUGCCUGGAACUAGGCAUGUCCAGAGAUGCGGUGAAAUUUGGUCGCAUGUCCAAAAAACAAAGAGACAGCCUGUAUGCUGAGGUCCAGAAGCACCAGCAAAACCAAGACCAAAUCCUGACCAGGGACAGUAAAGAUACAGUCUCUCGGAGUUACUCCACCAGCCCAAGCAGUGGCCUGUCGGACUUAGAAGAAUUAAGUGGCUUGUCAGAUGGUCUGCUCUUUGAUUUCCCCCUUACUCCUGAAGGAUGCAGCUCAUACUACAGUUUGGAGCUCCCAAUUUCUACAGAACCUUCUCCUGACCCUACCCAUGGGACCACACUGGAGGAGUUGCCUGUACACUAUUCUUUGGGAUUGAUAGAAGAACAAAGGUUGCUGGACUUAAACAUUACAGAAAUAGAACACGUGACUCAGAACAUCAUCCGGUCCCAUUUAGGCACCUGCCAGUUUACCAGUGAAGAACUUAGUAAUAUGAUCUGGAAUGUUCAUUCACAGGAGGAGGUAUGCAGCCUGCAGAGCAAGCCAUGUGAGAUGAUGUGGCAACUCUGUUCAAUCCAUAUUUCAAAUGCUAUCCAGUAUGUAGUGGAGUUUGCAAAACGCUUAGAUGGUUUCAUGGAGCUGUGUCAAAAUGACCAGAUUGUGCUGCUUAAAGCAGGUUGUCUGGAAGUCCUGCUCAUUAGAAUGACACGAGCAUUUAACCCUUCAAACAACACCGUGCUUUUUGAAGGAAAGUUUGGAGGAAUUCAAAUGUUUCGAUCUCUUGGAUGUGAUGAUCUCCUGUAUGCCAUCUUUGAUCUUGGUCGAACCCUUUGUCGCCUCAGGUUGUCAGAUGAGGAGAUUGCUUUAUUUACAGCUGCCGUUCUGAUGUCACCAGAUCGUCCUUGGCUAACAGAAUCCAAGAAAGUUCAAAAACUUCAGGACAGGAUAUUCCUGGCCUUGCAGAAGGAAAUACAAAAGAGACAUUGUAGUGAAGAUCUUUUGACUAAGAUGAUUUCCAAACUCCCACUUAUGAAGACAAUCUGCAACCUGCACGCAGACAAGCUGGAGUUUUUUCGCCUUCUGCAUCCUGACACUGCCCAGAUAUUCCCACCAUUGUAUAAGGAGGUAUUCUGCUCCGACCCCCAGUUUACUGACUUCAGAGAAACUUAAAUGAUUAAGGAGCAAAUCUCAACUUUAUUCUUCUAUUAAAUGUAAUACUCACCUUUGGACAUCAUGCAAAUGACAAAAUGGGGGUAUCUGACUAUAUGCAGAGGAUUGCCUUCUUAGAUGCCUGCUUUAUUCGAAAUCAGUGGCAGACUAUCAGUAUACAAGUAGACAAACUAAAAAUGAUCUGUUUGGAAAGACAAGCACCGAGUGUAUGUUGUGACCAUUACAUUCACCAUUGGAAUGAUACAUUUGAUCUACCCAAACUAAUUUAUUUUUGUACACCCCAGCAUAUUUGUAUAUAAGAUUGAAAAAAAUAUUAGAUGUUUUUCCAUUGACCAUGUCACUGGCUGAAUUCUUCUAUGAAUGACUUAAAAAUUCUGUUGAACAUUAGCAGGCCUGGAUUUGUGGAGAGGCCACCAAGGCUCGGUCCUAGGGCGGCAGGAUUUUAUGGGGCGGCAUGCUGCCCAACACACAUUGGUUCAGAAACACUGGGGAGGCGCAGGAGAUACGAUAGUUUUUAACAUUUCCCGUGCGCCAAUCCCCAUUGCUCUGGUCCCAAAAAUGAAAAUUUGAUUUAAUCAAAGUUACGGUACGGGGCAAUGAAUGACAGCAGGCCUAGGGGAGCCUGCUAUGUAAAUCCGGCCCUGAACAUUAGUCAUUAAUUACAUUUAAUAUGUUGGGUUUUUGUAGGCAUUUCUACAUAGUGGGAUUUCAAGUCAUAAUAUUUUCUAAAACACACUAUGCUUCAUUAUGAGCACUGCUCCAGUCUAGAAAGAAAGAGGAAUGACAUUUUUCAUCUGUAGAAUUAUUCAUUCCCAAUAAAUAGGAAUGAAAAAAAACCCAAACCUUUUGGUAGGUGCAACUCGUGUUUGUUUUGUUUGUUCUUUAGAAACAUGGCACCUGAAGUCUGGCAUGCUAUGAUACAGCAAGAAAUACUGGAAAAUUGAACCACUAUAUUGGUUCAACCUCUUUAAUUUGUGUAAUGUGCACAUUUGGAUUUACCCUUUACAUUAUUACGGCAAAUGUCUCCUGUUUCUCAGAAAAAUUAGCGAAAUUCGCGAAACGCUGAAAAAUUUGUGAAAUUCAAAAAUUUACACCUGUGUCAAUUUUGCCGCUGGUGUUUAAGUCAAUGGGUGUCCGAAUAAUGUUGACGCACAGCGAUUUUCUGACGUGCGACUAAAAUUUCCCGACACUGAUGAAUUUUCUCAGGAGUUUCGCGAAUUCUCGUCCGGCGAAUAUAUAUAUAUAUAUAUAGUCCAAAUAUAUGCCCUGUAUAAAUGACGUUGUUUAUUACAAUUACUUAAUUAUGUACAUAUGCUAAUAGUCUCUAUACAUUUAAUUUAUUUUCAGAUUAAUGUACUACUCCCCUUCAUGGGAGAAAAUAACAAACAUGAAGCAAUACCUCAGAAAAUGCAUAAAAUAUAUUUAUCUGAAACUAUAGUAGCAUAUAAAAGUCCCUUCUUGUUAAGGAUUUUAUUUUUAUAAAAAAAAAUGUAAAACUAAAUAUAAAAAACUGCAAAUA